AGGGGCGGGAGUUUAGCCGCGCGCCGGAAGCAGCCCAGGGCUGACGUCCUCUUCCGUUCUGCUGGCAGCUGCGGGAGCGGAGAUGAAGCUGCUGCUGCUUGCCUUUCUGGUCGCCUUCUCUUCGGUCCGCUGUGAGGAAGGGGCCAGACUUCUGGCCUCCAAGGCCCUUCUGAAUAGAUAUGCAGUCGAGGGCCGAGAUCUCACUUUGCAGUACAAUAUCUACAACGUUGGGUCCAGCGCUGCCUUGGAGGUCGAAUUGUCAGACGACUCUUUCCCCCCAGAAGACUUUGGCAUCGUCUCCGGGAUGCUCAAUGUGAAGUGGGACAGGAUUGCACCGGCAAGCAACGUGUCCCACACCGUGGUCCUCAGGCCGCUGAAGGCUGGCUACUUCAACUUCACAUCAGCCACGAUCACGUACCUGGUGCAGGAAGGGGGGCAGGUGGUGGUUGGCUUCACCAGUGCCCCAGGGCAGGGAGGGAUCCUGGCCCAGCGAGAAUUCGACAGGAGGUUUUCGCCACACUUCCUGGACUGGGCAGCCUUUGGGGUCAUGACUCUGCCGUCCAUCGGCAUCCCGUUGCUGCUGUGGUACUCGAGCAAGAGGAAGUAUGACACCCCCAGGAGCAAGAAGAACUGAGCUGCCCCGCCCGGCCAGCUGCCCUCCUCAUCCCGGGGACGUUGGGCAGAAGCGGGAGGACGCUGGGGAACGCUGCUCGCAGAGCCUCAUUCUUGGCCAACGGAGCGUUUUUUGCAGCUGCAGCUUGAAAGGAAAAAGGAUGUUUUUCCGCUGAACCAGCCCCCCCUCCGUUUCUUCGCUCUGUGAGACCCGUUUUUCUCAGUCAUAUUCUGCGGGGAAGAGGUUCAUAUCCUUGCUGGAGGAAACGUCGGAGCCAUAAAGAAGUUGAAACCUGAAAUUGCUCACUAUCACCCUGAGGGAUCUUCCUGAUAUGUACUGGCUGAUAUUU